GCCGAGAAGAUCAUCAGAGUUCAUCUCAGUGCAGUGUAGUGAAGGCAGCAGAGUGUUGUGACUUGUGAAGCGCUACCAGGCAGGCAUGAUCAAAGCAAUGGAGCUCCAGGCGACGAGGUGCCUCUGCGUCGUCGCGAUGCUCCUGGUGGCCGGCCUGGCGGGGAUGGAGACGGCGCACGGCGCAGGGGAGUGCGGCCGCGCGCCCGUGGACCAGGUGGCACUCAAGCUGGCCCCGUGCGCGGCGGCGACGCAGGACCCGCGCGCCGCGGUGCCGCCGGCCUGCUGCGCGCAGGUGCGCGCCAUCGGGCGCAACCCCAAGUGCCUCUGCGCCGUCAUGCUGUCCGGCACGGCGCGGAAGGCCGGCGUCAAGCCCGCCGUGGCCAUGACCAUCCCCAAGCGCUGCGCCAUCGCCAACUGCCCCGUUGGCUACAAAUGCGGCCCAUAUACCCUGCCAUGAGAGGUGAUGAUGAUGAGCAGGAACAAAGUGAUGGCGCCGGCACCUGAAGGGCUCCAAACUCUGAGUGUCCAAUAUGCUGCGUUCUGUCGUGUGGGACUUUCCACAGAUCCCUGAAUAAUGUGGCUGUAACAAUGCCUCAACUUUGCUUUGGAAUAAACUACUUUUUUCUGAAAUCAAUAAUACUGUGAAGAUGUAGCGACAAGAACAGUUUCCAACUUCUGUCAAAUUCCAGCUGGUAAAGGUGUACAAUGAAGUGAUCGCCGCUUCUCCAGCAUUUUAUCUUUUGCUUUGGAGCGACGAUCCAAUUGUACAUACAUUUGACUCUAGGGAGUCAGAUACCAACCCACCGAUAUUACUGGUAGAUUGGA